AUGAAUAAGUUUUUAAUAAAACAAACAAAAGAAAAGCAAACUAUUAAUAUUGAUGUUAAUGUUGAUAAUGUUACUGUUAAUGGAACUAAUAGUGAUGAUGUUAAUGUUAAUGAUGCUAAUAUAGAUGAUAUUAGUGUUGAUGAUAGAAUUUUUGAUGAAACUAAUGUUAAUGAUAAUAAUUUUGAUGAUGCUAAUAACUUUUAUAAAUUUGAUAUUUUUGAUCCAACAAAUUGGGAAACUCUAGAUUCUAAUAUGCUAAAUAUUUUAGCAUUACCAGGUCCUAAAAGAGAUUUAGCUAUUCAAAAAUAUCCAAAAGAUAAAUAUCAAAGAAGGUUUUCUGCUUUAUAUUAUACUAGAGUUUUACCAAAUGGGGAAGAAUGUGAUAGAGAUUGGCUUGUUUAUUCUAAACAGCUUGAUAAAAUAUUUUGUGUUUUGUUGUAA